AUGAAAAAAAAAACUAUAGGUGUUGGUAAAAGUUGUCUUUUACUUCGUUUUUCUGAUGACUCUUUUACACCAUCAUUUAUUACAACUAUUGGUAUUGAUUUUAAAAUUCGUACUAUUGAACUUGAUGGUAAACGUAUCAAGUUACAAAUCUGGGAUACUGCUGGACAAGAAAGAUUCCGUACCAUUACUACAGCUUACUACCGUGGUGCAAUGGGUAUCUUAUUAGUUUAUGAUGUAACAGAUGAAAGAUCUUUUGGAAAUGUUAGAAAUUGGUUCUCAAAUAUUGAACAACAUGCUAGUGAAGGCGUCAAUAAGAUAUUAAUUGGUAAUAAAUGUGAUAUGGAAGAUAAGAGAGUUGUUACAAAAGAACAAGGUCAAACUUUAGCUAAUGAAUUAGGUAUUCGAUUCAUGGAAACUAGUGCAAAAGCAAAUAUUGGAGUUGAAGAAGCCUUUUUCGACUUGGCAAGGGAUAUUAAAAAGAGAUUGAUUGACACUCAACAAGCUCAGCAAACUCGUCAAAGAGAAGAAGUAAGAUUGGACCAAUCUUCACCUUCAAAGAGCAACUCUCAAGGUGGUGGAUGUUGUUAA